CUUCAAUGUCGCCAAACUCUUGGCCUUGGUCGCGGCGGUCUUGGGCUUGUCCUUCAAUGUUGAUCGGCGAAAUCUUGGCCUUGUGGGCGGCGGUCUUGGGCUUGGACAUGUUGGCUUCUUACUCUCCGCCUUGUUGAUAGCCUUGCGGAUGGCCGCAAACGGCCCGCUGUCGCCCGCCGGCACGCCGCGGAUUGUUCUUGUUGCUUGGCGCGGCCCUUCCAGCUGGCGUCCUGAAGCCACGCCUUCACCUCCUUCGCGUCUAGGGCAGUCAGCUGGUGGCUGUAGAUCCAGAAGAACAUGGCGGGUAUUGGAGUAGCCUGGAGAAGGCCAUGGCCUCAAUCAUCGACGUGCGUUGCGGAACUAAUGCGUACGUAGACCUGAGCGGAAGGCGGAGUGGGCUUGCAGGUGGCACGAGAGCAGGCAGUCAGUAGCGCAAGUUGCGAAUUCACAUGUUACCUCGUAACCGACAGUAAACGCCGUGGACGGUCGGGCCCAUGGCUGGCUGACGGAAGGUGGUUGCUGUAUUGGGAUGGCUGGGCUGGGCGACGGCGGGCGGGCUGGCGUUGGGACUACCAGAAAGGAUGCGCCCGAAACCAACCUGGAGAACACCAGCGCCACCGGUGUUCAGUACGACAUGUAUGGGAGGGAGGGAGGGACAGGAGGCGUAAUGCACAGCAGCGUGGAAGCUAUGGCGCUAGGCGUGAGGCAAUCAACGUCAACCCCCAAACAGCCGCGAGGACAUGGUGCGUAAGCCGGGCUGCGGGCUGUGGCUGCGGGCUGCGUGGGGUGGCUAAACGAAGAACACUAGGUACAGAGAAGUGAUGGAUGCGGUUAAAUGAGCAAGUGCGCCGGGUGGCCGAGGAAGUAUGGCUCGACCCGGUCGCAAUGCGGCAUGGGCGCGUGCGAUGCAUGCCGUGCGACACGAGGAAGCAACAUGCAGCAAACACAACCGAGGCCUCCAAAGCGCGGCAAGGGACGCAAACAAACGCAAACAACGAGGCAAGGGACGCAACACAGCAAGCAGGUGACGGGUGCGGACCGCAUUGCGGUUCCCCACACCCGUCA